ACUCGAGGUCCGCGCUCGGGCGCAGGGUGGCUGCUGCGGCCAUGUCGCUGCGGACGCUGCCGCUGCUCGUCCUCAACCUGGGCGGGGAGAUGCUCUACAUCGUGGACCAGCGGCUGCGCGCGCAAAGCAUCCCGGGAGACAAGGCGCGCCAAGAUGAAUGGACUGAUGUGGACAGGAGACGAGUUAUGAAUGACAUCAUUGGGGGCAUAUUCAAUAAAAAGUUCAUGGAUGAACUGUUUAAACCCCAGGAACUCUAUUCCAGGAAGGCCCUGAGAACAGUGUUUGAGCGGCUGGUUCAUGCCUCCAUCAUGAGACUGAAUGCACCCAGUAUGGAUAAGCUUUAUGAUCUAAUGACCAUGGCUUUCAAGUACCAAGUUCUACUCUGCUCUCGGCCCAAAGACCUUCUGCUCAUCACUUUCAACCACCUGGAUGCCAUUAAGGAUUUCAUCUUUGAAUCACCCAAAACUCUGACCCAAGUCGAUGUAACUUUUCGGAGGCUUAUUGAUACUUACGGCUCUCUCUCCGCUGGCGAACUUCAGCUCAUCCGGCAAACUUUGCUCAUCUUCUUCCAGGACAUACACAUCAGGGUUUCCAUUCUCUUAAAAGACAAAGUACAGAAUUCCAAUGGCCAUUUUGUACUCCCAACCUCAGGUCCAGUUCCUUGGGGAACCGAGGUUCCAGGGCUCAUCAGACUUUUCAAUAGUAAAGGGGAUGAAAUUCGAAGGACUGAGUUCACCAGUGGUGGAAAUUAUGUACUUCCAUAUCGGGAAGGCUCAUUUGACCUUCACGGAGACAGAGUCAUUAAACUGGGAACAAACAUAUACAGCAUCAGCCGACCUGUAGAAACAGACAUCUCGGGAGCCGCCAAAAAUUUGGCUUCUCGUGUAAAGGAGAACACCACUCCCAACCCGCUAGCUAAAGAAGAGCUGAACUUGUUGGCCAGGCUGAUGGGCGGCCUCGAGAUCAAGAAGCCUCUUGGCAAUGAAGCUGGCUUCCGGCUGAACCUCUUCACCACGGAUGAAGAGGAAGAACAUGCCGCACUGACCCGCCCACAGGAGUUAUCGUAUCAAGUUAUCAACAUACAGGCAGACCAGGACCAACAACGGAAUGAGGAACUGGAUCGUAUCAUGGGAGAGUUUGAGGUGCCAGAGCAGCCUACACAGGCAAUCAGUAAGGGGGCUGACUUAUUGGCAAUGAUGGAUGAGCUGUGACUUACGGCUGCAGACACUUGGGGCAAAGGAAUGGUCAAUCCCUGCCAUUUUGCUAUGGAAAGUACCUAGCUGUCAGCCUCCUGUAGAAGAGUGGUUACAAAGGCAUCCAUUUCUGUUGGGCCACGAAGGCUGAUUGGUGCUUAGAACUAUUUGAUUAACCCUUUCUCUGGCUUUGGGGAAAUGUUCCAGGGCUGCAAAUAGCAAGUUAUUCUUAUGCUAUUAAUAGCCUAGGUUGUGCCUCAUGGGGUUAGAAGUUGGAACAGCUGUAAAGAAAAUGGACAUAAAAGUCUUGCCUUGGAGCUGUUGAGUGUAAAAAAAAUCUCCUAGAUACGCUUCCUACUUAAGACGUACAAAAUGUGCUGUAUUGUUUGUGCAUGUCUCAGCAAGAGCAGAAAGAGGAAUCCCUUCGUUGGUUGUGGGAUCCAAGUUUGUAAUGAUGUUGCAAUCACAUUCUUUUUAUCUGCCGCAAUAAAGACGUUUGUUCUAA